AUGCCAGAUAGCUCUAGUCUAAAUUCAGGUGCUUCGAUUAGUAGUGCCGGCACAAGACGUCAAAAUACAUCAAGUUCUCAAAAGAACAAGAAGAAGAAGAAGAAGAGUUUGUCCCUGAGACGUACUUUUAGUGGUUUGUCAAUGACAGCUCUAGGUAGAUCUUCAGGCCCAACUUCAGGGAGUGAAAGUGGUGGGGAACCCUUGGAUGAUUCGAUAUCUUUAGGGAACCCUCAUCAUCACCAUGCCCCAUCAUUAUUUCAUGGUUCCAGUGGUGCAUCCUUUUCACAUCAAGAACAUGAGCAAGAACAUGAGCAAGAACAAGACCAGAGUAGUCACCAUCAAUCAAAUAGAAAAUAUUCCUUUGCUGAAAAUUUAUUCAAAAAAAUUUCACCAGGAUCUUCAUCUUCAGUUACUGCAUCGAGUACCAUCCCCGUGAUGGAACCUCAUCUACCAUACCAACAGCAUUAUCAACAACAUUCCCCGACAAGUUCCAUCUUUAGGAAAAUCACAAGUUCAGCACAUUCAACUCCGAUGGGUCAGUCUACCAGCACUGGUAGCAACACAAAUGCCAGCAUCUCACAUAAACCAUUCUCAAUGGGACCAACUCGGUAUUCUGGAACAAGCAGUGAUGUCUCGGGACGUUCCACAACCAAUCAACCAAAACCAUCAGCAAAGACAACACUAGGUCCCACUGGAACUAGUUCAAAUGCAAAUCAGAAGAAAUUAUUAGAAUCAAAUAUAAAUAGUAGGCGUUCAUCAAUUAUCAGCACUAACCUUAAUAAUUACCCAGGUUUAUUCAAAUUAGAUACAAAUUUGGAAAACUUAUCAGAUAUUACAAAUCAACGAUACAGUAGCAUAAAUGAACUCGACCAAUCAUCACAUUUAGUUCCAACUUUAUCGGUUUCACAUAAAUCAGAAAAACAAAGAGACCAAGCAAAUUCAUUAACUCAAUGGACAGCUCCUGAAAACUGGGAUGUUGAAUCAAGUAUUGAUAACAAACAAUUAAAAUCAUCAAAAAAGUCGGUCGGAAGAAACAAUAGUAACGCAUCCUCGAUAUUUUAUAUGCCAGGUUCCGAACAUACACACCAAGGUGAUAAAGUUGCUUCACAGCAAACUGUAUCUGGUGGUGGCUCGACAGGUGGGACUACUUCCUCUACAGUGUCAGCCAACUCAAGUUCAACAGAUAAUUCAGGUGACGCAAACGUAACUGGAACUGCUGCCGAUCUUAAUGCACCUUCUAAAAGACGAGAUUCCGUCCAGCCUAUUUCAAGAGUAAAUUCAAAAACUAUGUUGCAAUUACAAAACAAGUUAUCUAUGACUCCUUCAAAUAUUGUACCUCAUCCUCAACAUAACGCGGAUACUCAGUCUAACCAUACCUCUUCAACAACAAAUUCUGGCGAAGCUGGUUAUUAUGAAAAUGAUAAUAUAACAAUAAAUUCGGAUGAAAAAAGAGUGGCAGGAGAUAAAGAUCUGGAAUAUUCAUUUUCAAAUGAUAGUAUUGAUAGUUAUGACAUUAUCGACGACGGCAACUACGAAUAUGAUGGAAAUAUUGGUAAUGAUAUUUAUAAUGACGAUCCAGAUUUGGAACAGUAUAGGCCUGCUCAUGAAAAAGUCGAUAGACAUAAUUCAGAUACGAAUUUAAAAGCAUUAAAAUAUUCCAAUAAAACGAAGACUACAAUAAUAGAGGACCAUGAUUUAUCUAUGAAUGAUGAUUCCAAUCAAACUUCAAAUAAUUUUGCAUCCAUCUUUUCAAAGGAUGAUGAACUUCAUGAUAGGGCAGAGUAUGAAUUGGAAAAAUACUAUAAAGACGUUAGUGAUUUAGAUCCAAAUAAGCAUUAUGCAAUUCGUAUCUUUAAUACAGAUGAUACAUUCACAACGUUAUCGUGCACACCGAACACAACAGUGCAAGAAAUGAUCCCAACACUAAGAAAGAAAUUUAACAUUAGUAUCCAAGGUAACUUCCAAGUUUCUCUGAAAGUUGGUAAGUUAUCAAAGUUUUUAAAACCUUUGUCAAAGCCAAUUUUAAUUGAAAGAAGGUUACUGCUUUUGAUCGGAUAUAAGAAAACUGAUCCUUUGCAUAUUAUGGGUAUUGCAGAUUUAAGUUUCGUUUUUAAAUUUCAUUUCCAUCCUGUGGCUCCUUCACAUCUAACAGCUGAACAAGAACAAAGAUUGAUGAGAAGUGACUUUGUCCAUGUAGAUUUGAGAAGGUUAAAUCUGACUACCCCGCCAAUUAUUUUUUAUCAACAUACAACUGAAAUUGAGAGUUUGGAUGUGUCGAAUAAUGCUAAUAUUUUCCUGCCCCUCGAAUUCAUCGAAAGUGCAAUUAAUUUAUCAAGUUUAAGAAUGGUUAACAUUAGAGCGUCUCGAUUCCCUUCGAAUAUUACAGAGGCUUAUAAGUUAGUUUCUUUGGAAUUGCAAAGAAAUUUCAUUAAAAAAGUUCCAAAUUCGAUAGCUGCUUUGACUAAUUUAACAAUUUUAAAUUUACAAUGUAAUUGUUUGAAAAAGUUACCAAAAGGCUUUGGUAAGUUGAAAAAUUUACAAUUAUUGGAUUUAUCUUCGAACUAUUUUGUUGAAUAUCCUGAGGUUAUUAAUAACUGUACAAAUAUUCUUCAAAUUGAUUUGUCUUACAAUAAAAUUGUAUCUAUCCCAUCAAGUAUAAACCAAUUGGUCAAAUUAGCCAAAAUGAAUUUGUCUCAUAAUAAAUUAACAAAUAUUAAUGACCUUUCUGGUAUGAAGAACUUAAGAACUUUGAAUAUUCGUCAUAAUAGAAUAACUACAAUCAAAACAAAUGCAAGUAACCUGCAAAACUUGUUUUUGACGAAUAAUCGAAUUUCAACUUUUGACGAUAAAUUGCCAAAACUAAGAGCAUUAGAAAUUCCAGGGAAUCCAAUUACUUCGAUACCGUAUCAAGAUUUCUUUCCAUUAAACAUGACUAGUUUGUCCUUAAAUAAAGCAAAGCUAUCAAGUAUUCCGGGUGAAUUAUUUGUGAAAUUAGCAAGAUUAGAGAAAUUAGAUAUAAGUGAAAAUAAUUUGACGCAAAUCCCGUCACAAAUUUCUAUGUUGAACAAGCUAAUAUAUUUAUCAAUUGCAAGAAACAAAAUUGAAAGUUUGCCAAAAGAAUUUUCGAAGCUAACAAACUUGAAAACGUUGGAUUUACAUUCUAAUAAUAUUCGGGAUCUUGUGAAUGGUGCCGAAAAUAUUGAAUUGACCUAUUUGAAUUUAUCAUCAAACGCGUUUGGUAAUCAGGCUAUUAAUGGUGGGGAGUUCUUUACUAAGUUGAGUCCUAGCUCAAAAUUAGCCAAGACAUUGAUGUUCUUUAUUGCAGCUGAUAAUCAAUUUGACGAUUCUAGUUGGACAAGGUUCAAUUGCUUUAAAAAUUUAAAGGUGUUAAAUUUAUCUUAUAAUAACUUUACAGAUAUUUCAAACUUGGAAUUAGAAAAUUUGACCGAAUUAUACUUUUCAGGGAAUAAAUUAAUAAGUUUACCAAGUGAUACUAUAUUAAGAUGGAAGUAUCUAAAGACUUUGAUGUUGAACGGUAAUCAAUUAUUAUCGUUACCUUCGGAAGUUUCAAAGCUAUCGCAGCUGACAGUUUUUGAUAUAGGUUCAAAUCAAUUAAAGUAUAACAUCUCAAACCAUCAUUAUGAGUGGAACUGGAAAGACAAUAAAGAGUUGAGAUAUUUGAAUUUCUCGGGUAACAGAAGAUUUGAAAUUAAAUCAAGUGCAAGUAAUGAUCACGACAAAGAUUUUGCAGAUUUUACCGUCUUACCACAGCUGAAAGUCCUUGGUCUUAUGGAUGUUACCUUAAAUACAACAAAAGUUCCAGAUGAAAAUUUUAAUUUCCGUUUAAGAACUUCAGGUUCUGUUAUAAACGGUAUGAUGUAUGGUGUUGCCGAUACAUUGGGUCAAAGAAAUUACGUUUCUUCAAGAGAUGUUACUUUUGAAAGAUUCCGUAGUAAAGAUGAUGAAUGUUUGCUAUGUUUGCAUGACAGUAAAAAUCAGAGUGCUGAUUAUGGUCACAAUAUUGCGAAAAUUGUCAGAGACAUUUAUCAUAAGAUUUUAAGGAGACAAUUGGAAAAAUAUGGCGAAGAUGAUGACGGUAUUAAAAAUGCACUUAGAUUCAGUUUCCUACAAUUGAAUAAAGAAAUUAACACUAUGUUGAAUUCAGUUGAUAAUGGGGCCAAAGUUUUAAAUUUAACUUCGGUUGAUUUGUUAAGUGGUGCAUGUUCUACAGUUGUCUAUAUUAAAGGGAAAAAAAUAUAUACCGCAAAUAUUGGUGAUUGUAUGGCAAUCUUAUUAAAAAAUAACAGUGAUUAUCAGUUGUUGACAAAUUUGCAUGUGCCAUAUAAGAGAGAAGAAUAUGAAAGAAUAAGAGUUUCUGGUGGUUAUGUGAACAAUGAUAAACUAGAUGGUGGUGUUGAUGUAUCCAGGGCAGUUGGAUUCUUCCAUUUGUUACCCCAUAUUCACGCUUCACCAGAUAUUUCUGUAGUUAAACUUACUAAGGCGGAUGAAAUUUUAGUCAUUGCAACCCACAAAUUAUGGGAGUAUAUGGACUAUGAGACUGCAUGUGAUAUAGCAAGAGAGCAUAUUGGUAACCCAAUGCGUGCAGCAGAAGAGAUGAAGGAUCAUGCAAUAGCUUAUGGGUGCUCUGAAAACAUUACCAUUUUAUGUUUAUCAUUACAGAAUAACUAUGAACAACAAGGUAAAUUCAACUUGAAUAAAAAUUCAUUGAUUACGAGAAGGGCGACGUUUGAAGAUGCCACUCUUAGAAGAUUACAACCUGAAAUUGCUCCACCAACUGGUAAUUUAGCAAUUGUAUUUACUGAUAUUAAAAAUUCUACUUUCUUAUGGGAACUAUUUCCUAAUGCGAUGAGAACAGCAAUUAAAACUCACAAUGACAUUAUGCGUCGUCAAUUACGUAUUUAUGGUGGUUAUGAAGUUAAGACAGAAGGUGAUGCCUUCAUGGUUGCUUUCCCUACGCCCAUCCGUAGUUUAGUUUGGUGUUUAAAUGUACAACUAAAAUUGCUAGAUGCAAAAUGGCCAGAAGAGAUUACAUCAAUUCAGGAUGGUGGUCUGAUUACAGAUAAGCAUGGGAUGAAAAUCUAUCAAGGGUUAUCAGUCCGUAUGGGGAUUCAUUGGGGUCUGCCAGUACCUGAACUUGAUUUAGUCACUCAAAGAAUGGAUUAUUUAGGACCUGUGGUUAAUAAGGCUGCAAGAGUCUCAAGUAUUGCCGAUGGUGGUCAAAUUGCAUUGAGUAAUGAUUUCUGUGCAGAAUUCAAUAAAGUAAUGGGGUAUCAUGAAAAAGUCAUAAAGGAUAAUGAACCAUUAGAAAGGGCCUACGGUGAAGAGUUUAUUGGUGAAAUUUUAGAGAGAGAGAUAUCAUUGCUUGAAAAUAUCGGCUGGGUAUUUUAUGAAUAUGGUGAACGAAAGCUAAAAGGUCUUGAAAGUAAGGAAUAUAUUACUAUUGCAUACCCGAAGUCACUAGCAUCAAGACAUGAAUUCUUUGGAGAAGAAGAGGAAAAUGCUAGCAUAGAUGCAGAGAUCCUAUUCAGAUUAAGAACUGCAUCGAAUAGAUUGGAUUCUAUUCUAUCCGCUGUUCGCGGAGGUUUCAUAGAAAAGGACCAAAGAAAACAAAAUGAAGGUGGAGGCUUUAUAAGUUUAAAUUCACAAGUCCAAGAUGCAGUAAUGACAUCAAUUAAUGAGAUGGAUAUAAUAUCAUUUUUGGACCAUUUGGUUACAAGAGUGGAGUCCACAGUUGCUAUGUUAGUAAUACAUCAAAAAAUCGGUAACAAAUUAGACAUUGUUCAGUCAGUUGAAGGACAGCUAGGAGUAUUUGAACUUCUAGAUAAAAUGCUAGAAUCUGAUAAAUAUAAAACUCUGGAAGCACCAAAGUAA